AUGCGCCAGCUAGAGGAGAAAGAAGUCUCACCUGCGAAGAGAGAGCUCAUCCACGACCCAGAAGCAGAGGCACGAAUCAUCAAGAAGCUGGACUGGCAUAUCCUGCCGUGGAUAUUCAUUCUGUGGCUAUUGGCAUUCAUCGACAGGAGUAACAUAGGCAACGCCAAACUCGACGGCCUCAUCACCGACCUCAACUUGACGGGCAAUCGCUACAACAUCUCCCUCACCGUCUUCUACAUCCUCUACGUUCUCCUCGAUGUGCCCUCCAACUGGCUUCUGAAAAUCGUCGGAGGUGGACGCUACCUUCCCAUCCUCGCGAUGGCGUGGGGCGUCGUAGGAACCUGCAUGGGCUUCGUCAGCAACUUCGCCGGCUUGAUCGUCUGCCGUAUGCUCCUCGGAGCCUGCGAGGGCGGAAUGUUCGGUGGCAUCAUCUUGUACCUGUCCAUGUUCUACCCACGACACAAGUUGAUGUUCCGCCUGGGAAUCUUCUACUGUGCGGCGCCGCUUUCAGGAGCAUUCGGUGGGCUGCUAGCCACCGGACUGGCGCAAAUCGAGUUUCACGGUUACGACAAGUGGCCGUGGAUAUUCUUCGUCGAGGGCGCGGUAACGAUCUGUGUUGCGGCCGUGGCAUUCUUCUUCCUGCCGGAUACUCCUGGAUCUGCGAAGUUUCUGACCGAGGAGGAGCAGUGGCAGACCGUGCAUCGGCUGAGCGAUGAUCUUGGAGGAUCAACGACGCAUGCUGGUGUUGAGCAUGAGCGUUUCAAUUGGCAAGAAGUCCGCUUCGCCCUCCUCAACGUCAACACCCUCGCCAUGUCCCUCAACUUCUUCCUCAUCCUCGUCCCGAUCUACAGCUACUCCCUCUUCCUUCCCUCCAUCAUCAAAGGCCUAGGCUACACCAACGUCACUGCUCAACUCUUCACCGUGCCACCCAACUUCCUCGCCUUCCUUUCCGUCAUCCUCUUCGCCUGGACCUCCGACCGCAUCAAAAUGCGUGGGCCACUGAUCCUGGUCGGCCUUACCCUCGCGGCGGUGGGCUACAUCAUGCAGAUCGCAAGCACGGGCAAUGGAUUCAAGUACGCGGGCACGUUUUUUGUGGCUGUGGGAGCGUUUCCUUGUAGUCCGCUGGUGCUGGCUUGGCUGUCCAAUAAUCUGGCGCCUCAUACGACGAAGGCGACGGGGUUGGGAUUUCAGGUUGCGGUGGGGAAUUGCGGCGCUUUCGUAGCGACGUGGACGUACCUUUCAACUGAUGCUCCGAAGUACACGACCGGUCAUGCGAUCAAUCUCGGCGCGAUCGGGUUGGCGAUGAUCGUGACAGCGGCGAACAUCUGGUACGUCAAAUUCGAGAACGCGGCGAGGCGAAACGGGAAUAGGGAUGGAAGGCUUCAAGAACAAGGAGGAAGUCAGCUGGGCUACCGACAUCCAAAGUUCGAGUACACUUCGUAG